GGAGCAGCUCCAGCUUCAAAAGCAUCAAGAGCACGAGAAGAAGCAGCACUUUCGGUUGAUUCAUCUAUAUUCGAUUACGAUGGCGUUUACGAUUCAAUGAAAGAAGGACAACGAUCAAUUCAAGCAAAACACGAAAAAGAGAAUGCAAAACGUGAUCCUAAAUACAUGUCUGCUUCAUUUGCUGCUUCAGAACAAAGAAAGAUCGACAGACAAAGAGCAGAAGCGAAAAAGAUUCAACGUGAACGUGAACAAGAAGGAGAUUUGUAUGAAAAUACAGAAUCAUUCGUUACGGAUGCAUAUAAACAACAAAUGGAAGAUAUACGAAAAGCAGAAGAUGAUGAAAAGAAGAAUGAAAGUUCCGCAAGACAAAAGAAUAAAGGUGCAGCAAGCUUCUUCAAGGAAAUGUUGGGUGAGCAAGAUCGCGCUCAUCAAGCCGCAGUAGAAGCAAGUAUUCGGCCUGCUGCAUCAACCACAGAACCAAAAGAAGAAAGCGAUGACAACGAAAGUCGAAGGAAGGCACGAAUAGACGAAGCCAGACAGAAAGGGCUAGAUGUUCGCACUAAUGAAGAGAAUGAAGUGGUAGACGAGCGAAGUCUAUUAAGUGCUGGUUUGAACACCUUCUCAAAUCAGAACAAACGACAAAAGACAGAAUCAGAUGAAAGAAGCAGGAGAAAUGAUAAGGAUAGAGACCCUGAUGACCUCCAUCAUUCUCACCGCAAGCUGCCAGAAAUGCGUGAUGCUCGUCAAGCACAACGUGAACGUCAAUCUAGAAUGAUGGAAGAACAAAUGUUAGCCCUUCAGAAAGAACGUGAAGAAGAAGAAGCAAAACAAGAAGCAGAAAGGAAGAAAGCUAUUGUUGGAAAAAAGAGAAAUGAUACCGAUCGUAUAGAAUUGGCACGUCAGCGUGCAUUGGAAAGACGGAAAAACAAA